UAACCUAGUUAAACUACAACACUUUCCCUAGCUUAAUUAGCCAAAAAACAAGGCCAGCCAAGCAUGCGUGGAUGCCACAGUGACCAUCUUCCACGGGCAGAUAGUUUUAUGACUUCCGCCGGCACCUGUACAUGUCAUGUUUUCUCAGCCCUCUUCACCAACUUUCCUUAUAAUGCCCUAAUGCAAUUAAUCAAGCCCUUUAUUUAGCUUACUUUUUUCCUACACCAUCUCAAAAGGAUUUGAUGCAAAAAAAAAUAAAAACAGUGCCAUUUAUAUAGAAUCUAAAACAAAAACAAAAGGGAUUUGACCAAUCCUCUCUACUAUAAAUCUAACAUAGAGAGGAGAGGCAGAGGCAGAGGCAGAGCUAGAGAAUAGAUGGAGGGAGGGAGGGUAAAGAAAUGUUUUGUCUCAUCACAAGCAGUGAUGGGCAUGUUGAUGGUUCAAGUGAUGGCAACAGGAAUGCAAUUGCUUUCCAAAAUCAUAUUGAAUAAUGGAACAUUUGUGCUUGCACUUAUGACCUAUAGGCAUAUAGUUGCUGCCGUUUGCAUGGCUCCCUUUGCUUUCUACUUUGAAAGGUAUGUCAUCUUGUCAUCAAUCAAUUUCGUCUCUUUGUCUUUGACACCAUUUUUCUCAAUUUCUUUUUAUUACUGCUGUGGUUGCAGAGGCAUGAUCAAAAGUAAGAUGAAUUGGUCUGUUUUUUUCUGGCUUUUUGUUAAUUCCUUGUGUGGGAUAUUGUUUGCUAUGGGAUUGUUCUAUUACGGUCUCAAAGAUACCUCAGCUACAUAUGCUGUCAACUUCCUCAACUUGGUCCCAAUAGUAACCUUUGUUUUCUCCAUCAUCUUGAGACUUGAGAAAUUAGGACUGAGUACUCGAGCGGGGAAAAUCAAGAUAUCAGGAGCCAUAUUAUGCGUUUCAGGAGCUAUGAUAGCUUGUCUUUACAAGGGAAGAACAUUCCACCUUAUUCAUAAAACUCUUCAACAUCAUGUUCAAGUCAAGUCAUCUGUGCUUCAUAAGACUCGUGGUACAAUCUUGCUCAUUGGCAGUUGCUUGUCUUAUUCUUCAUGGUAUAUAUUGCAGGCCAAAUUGCUCAAGGUUUUCCCAUUCAAAUAUCAUACAACCAUGAUCACUUGUAUCUUCGCUUCCAUCCAAUCAGCAGCAAUAGGUCUAUGCAUUGAUAGAAGUAACGCUGCUUGGAAGCUAGAGUGGAAUCUGCAGCUACUUACCAUCAUCUACUCAGGAUCCUUAGCCUCAGCUGCAACAUUUUGCUUGAUUAGUUGGGCUGUUGUUAGAAGAGGCCCUUCUUAUCCUCCUAUGUUCAACCCAUUGACACUAAUUUUUGUGGCAGUUUUGGAAGCUCUCAUAAUUGGUGCGGAAAUCACUGCUGGCCAAUUGCUGGGCAUGGUUUUGAUAAUAAUCGGUUUGUACUCCUUUUUGUUGGGAAAAACCAAGGAGAUGAAAAACAUGCCCAAGUCGAAUAUAGAAGCUGCAGAAGCUGCCACGACAGUAGAAUCUACAAAGGUUCAGCCAGCUUCUCCUCUUACUACCACUAAUGAAGACAUAGAAUCUGGUUCUGUCAAGGAUGUUGUAAAUCCUUGAAGAGUGAACACAAUGUACGUAUAUCUCUGCAUUUCGUUAGGAUCUAAAUUAAUUUGAGAAUAAAUCCUUUGAUUACAAGUUUAGAAACAACUCAAUGGUUUUAUUAAGGAUGCAUUGUAAAUCCUUGAAGAGUGAACAGAACGUAUAUCUUUGCCUUUUCUUUGGGAUCCAAAUUUGAGAAUAAAUCCUUCGAUUACAAAUUUAGAAAUAA